GAAGUCUGUGCAGCGCUGUGGCUCUGUCUCAGCUGCUGGUGGAGCAGAACUUCCCUGCAAUCGCCAUCCACAGGGGCAUGGCCCAGGAGGAGAGGCUUUCCCGGUACCAGCAGUUCAAGGACUUCCAAAGGCGGAUCCUGGUGGCCACCAACCUGUUUGGCCGAGGGAUGGACAUUGAGCGCGUCAACAUCGUCUUCAACUACGACAUGCCCGAGGAUUCCGACACCUACCUGCACAGAGUGGCCCGUGCAGUGAGGUUCGGGACGAAAUUCAUUAUUUCGGUCCAUGGCCCUGUACAGCGGAUGUUAUCUAGAAUCGAGAUGAAUCUAAUGAAUAAGUUGCUUUGAUGAAUGGCAGAGAACGACGUUGACAACGAGCUGUUGGACGAUGAAGAGGAUGAGGAGCCUCAGUUUGCCCCGGAGACCGCCACACCUGCGGGCAAGGAGGAGGUAAAGGGCUCUUAGUCUCCAUCCACAGCUCCGCCUUCCG